AUGAGCAAAAAGUUCAAAUCCCAGGCCUCGAGCAGCCGCGCUGCGGCCAGUACCUUUGGCGCUUUUGGUGGCUUUUCUGGCGCAUUCUCUGGCCAGGGGAGAGAGCCAUCUUCUCUCACAUAUGUAGCCGAGCCACCGGAUCUUUCCCGCCUCUCGGAGGCGCAAUUGGGGAUUGCGUUCAAGAACUUCCUGAAAAAAGAUGAGGUCACCAGGACGAGAGCGCUAGAUGAUCUGAGAGAUCAUGUCGCAGGGGUCGAAAGUCGCGGCGGGACGCUUGACGACGGGUUCCUGGAAGCUUGGGUAGGUCUAUAUCCGCAUCAUGCGCACCGGAAUAACAAGUUGAUCGUGAUUAAAAUCUACCCGCGCGCAUCCAUAGAUCUUUCCCGUAGGGUGAGGCAAACAGCUCAUUCUACUCAAGGCUCCAUUGCCUGCCUGGUGGGAAAGCGGGUUGCCCGCUUUCUCCCCAAGGUCAUCGGCGCGUGGCUUGCGGGCAUCUAUGACAAUGACAGACCAGUCCAUCAGUCUGCCUUGGACUCAUUCACCCGGGUCUUCUCGACCGACGCAAAGAGAAGUGGCGUGUGGAAGGUUUACCAGAGCGCCAUCCUGGACUUUGUGGAUGAUGUCACUUUGCAACAGACUGCGCAGACAUUGAGUGAUGAAAGGACGGUCAAGCCUGAUGAUGCAGAAGCCAAGUAUGCGCGCGUAGCGGGGACUGCGCUCUUGUUAUUCAACCGUGUUCUAGGACACUCCACCCAUGAAGAUCUUCAGAAGGAUGCCGCCACAAUUGAAAACCUUCUAGGUAGCAAAUCUCUGUGGGCGCUUUCUUAUCACGACGACCCUUUUGUCCGCAAGUCACUCUACAUUCUUACUCGAUCGGCAGUCUCUAAGGAGCCUGAGGAGCUUGAUUGGAAGCUCAUCAGUGCGGCCUUGAUCGGCAAGGCCCUGCACAGUUCCCAACUAGGCUCCGCAUCGGAGCUGUCAGAGACGAUAUUGCAGGUAACAUCUGCAAGGCCCCAAUUAUGGACCGGGGAUUAUUCCGGGAAAUCAUCCCCUUCGAAGAGAUUACUCCAAUACAUACAGAAAGGUUCUCAGAGCGGAGCAAGCUCGUUUUGGCCGAACCUAUACCAAUUACUGCAGACAAUUCCAUUUGAAACACUGGCAAAGAUUGAUCCCCAGUCGACUUCGGAAACUAUUCUUGGGCUGUCGAGUGCGGUUGCAUUGACAGAGUCAUUCCAGGAAGGACUGAACUCACGAGAUGAGCCUCGACAGAAUAGGGCUGUUGGUUGGAAGGCCUACAUUGACACUGUGAUAUGGCUUGCCAGUCGGCUUGCUGAGGAUGAUAGAGUGAGCUUCCUGCGUGAGAGGCUUUCUCCAUUGCCACUGCAACAUGUCAAGCCUGAACAAGAUCGUCCUCAAUGGGCACUUCCCGUCCAAUCAGCAGAAGCAAUCUGCACCGAUUGUCUUGUCGCAUUGAGUGUGCAAGGGUACGAACCGGUGUUGAAGCAAUUGUGGACGGAGUUAUCCGAUGACCUGCUGGAAGCCGUAAAGUUAUCAUCACCAGAGCAGUCCAAGGACUUUAGGUCCUCCCAGGACGCAGUAUGUGCGCAGGCUGGAAGGCUCUUUGCCUUGGAAGCCUCCUUGCUGUCUCGUUUGACCGAUACUGACCAUGAAGCAAGGAUUGUGGAUAUCUUCAAUAAAACAAACCUAUCAUUGCUUGAUAGUUGCUUGGAGGUACUGCGCUCUCGAAAUGGCAAGCCGUACGGAGCCGCUGCGGUAGUCGAAGAAACUAUACGGAACGUUCCGCAAAUUGUUCAAGGCUCCCAGUCACUGCUGAGCUUUGUCCAGAACGAUGCACCGGAACUCCUGGCAUCGCCAUCUGCCGAUCGAUUGAUAUCCAUCAUCAUGGCUUGCCGUUCCUGGGAUGGGUUUGGACCAAGCUUCGAGAAGGUUGUCGAGCAUGUUGCUCAAUCUGAUCCGGAAUCCUCGAACGCACAUGCUGUGCAGAAGCUCCUCUCGUCUCUUGAUUUCCAGGAAGUAGGCGACAAGUCUGGACUGGUUGCUUUAAUCAUGCGAGCCCUUGAUCGAGCUUGCAAAGGCAGCGAUCUUCACUGGUCGAUUGUCAUUGCGGUGCUACAGAACCACACCUCCCAUGGGGAAAUGACUGAUUCCAUAUUCCUGUCGAUCGUUAAUGCCCUAUCUGAGGAUAGCAAGAUCUUCGAUACACUGCACGGACUUUCUCGUAUUUCCACUUCUGUCCCCAGUGCAGUUCGAAACUUCCAGAGCGGAAGCCAGGGCUCCAAACUGUCUGGUAAGCUGCUGUUCCUCACGGAAUCAUCGGACGAAGAAGUAGCGGGCCUUGCAGAGUCGCUGUCCAAGACUCUGAAAGACUCCGUUGUCAGUGAGACAAGCGCCAAAUCCAGUUUUGAGAUCUUGCAACAUCACUUCGAGAAUGUCAAUGAGGAGUCUGUUUCCAUCGGGUCUUUGUUAGGUAUUGCGGAAGAGCUGCUACAAAAUGUCAAGCCCGAGGAUAUUGGCCAAGUAGCCAAGGACAUUCUGCCUUCCUGCCGGUCUUGGAAGGAUGCUCUAGGGCCUUUCCUUGAGCUUCCUCCUCGGCUAUCAGCUGCCAUCUCAAGCCCGAUCGCCGGUACCGUGCAUCUGAUUGAUCGCAGUGUGUCAGGCACAUUCCGUGAACGCUACGCACGUAUCCCCCGCGACUCCAACAAUUGCUCGUCAGCGUUCCGGUUGGCAUACUACACCAUCCGGGUUCUCUCUUCUUUUGACAUUGUCGGACGUCUUGGUCCCGAGGAGCUUGAGACGUUGUUCUACAAUGUGCCUCUCGCGGUGCAGUUGAUUGAUGACGACCUAAGCAUCCAGAACUGCAACGGAAUAACCGGCAUCACACUUCCCGAGCAGCGCGAGGAGUACAUGGAAGUCGUGAACGAUGGCCGAAAGGUCAUUAAUGGCUGGACUCAAUCGAAAGAGCAACACGAAGCCGGAAAGGGACACACAGUCGCUUCCAAGCUUUCUACAUUCUGGAAAGACCAAAUCGAGAAGCUGGACGCCCUAUCUCCGUUAGACUACCAAGUUGGUGUGGCCUUUGUGAAGAUUAUGGAUUCCGUGGACCCCUCGAAGAAAAAUCGAUCCUCAGAAGAGGUCACUCAGCUGUGUAGAGAGAUGAGAAAGGCGAACGCUAUCCGCUCGGCCUCCUGGGUGGCUGUGUUGCGCCCUGCCAUCCUGUCCACCCACGCUGGUACCCGACUGUGCAACGAGUUUGUUGCAGACUCCACGGGCCUAAAGCCCCAGGAAGAGAGUAGAGAUGGUCUCCGCAAAUUGGUGCUGUUGAACCUCUUGUUAUCCGGCGAAGAAGACGUUGCGGCCUCCAUCCCCACGCAGCGUUUGGUGUUCCUGAUCAAGCAUCUCAUACAAUGUCUCCAGUCUGAAGGCACGUCUCUCAGCGUCAAGGCUGAAAUCUUCCAGACCCUCGCCGUAAUGGUUCCUAAUCUACAGGACAUCUACGGCUCUCACUGGGAGGCCUGUAUGGAUAUCCUUAGCACGACGUGGCAAGAGACCAGUGGCGGCGAUGAAGCCCUCCCCGCCCUGUUAUCAUCGUUCAGACUUUUCGCACGUCUCCAGUCAAUGGUAGGGGACGAAGAAAGUAACGAUGAUGUGAAGGAUGCGUGGUCGGAUCGAAAGACAACGCUGUUCAACAGCUUGACGUCCACGCUUCAUUCUGACCGGAUAGAUUCUUCGACCACCUUCCAUCAACCGCGCGAUGUUGCUGUGGAGUUGUUGUGCCGCUUCCUCAACGUCAUCCCGAUUGAUAAUCUGGAGGAUGUGAGCAAGUUCUUCCCGCUUUUGACAGCGCAGAGCCCCACAGUUCAGCGGGCUGCCUACACUGUCCUUCACCGGUACAUUCCGGGCGUGCAGGAGCAGGUGUCUUUUGAUGUGGCACUGUCGAAGACGACGGUCGGGCUGCCGGAUGAGCUGAUGUCUCUGCUGCUUGAAGCGCCCACGAUGAAAGCGGUCAAUGCCGCUUAUGGCGACGAUAGGAUGUGGGCCGAAAUCCGGUCGUAUUUGUUGAGCUGGAAGGUGGUAUUCGACCACUUUGCGAAUGCGUCUCUUACUGUCCAAGAGAACUACGUGACCAGUAUCAAGGACAACGAAAGCCUGAGCCCACUGCUGGAGUUUAUGUUCGACUUCCUGCAGCGAUCACACGGGAAGAUGGUGGAUGCGUCCAAAUUCGACGUCCGCUCUUUCGAGCCCGACCAGUCCGAGAGCCCGGAGAAUGAAAUCCAGUGGCUUCUUGUGCACUUGUAUUUUCUCUGCUUGAGGCACCUGGCCAACAUGGUGAAGAGCUGGUGGCUCGAUACGAAGAAGCGCAUCAAGGGGCCGGUGGAAUCCUGGACGGAGAAAUUCAUCUCACCUUUGGUGAUUGAGGACUCUUUGCGGGGAGUCACGGAAUGGAUCUCGACCCAGGAUCCAAACGAAGAGCGCGCGCUGAACGUGAAGAUCGCUUCCAAGACAGCGGAGAUCAUUGCCAGCAUUCCGGUGGAUGAGGACUCGCCACCAGUGGCCUUGUCUCUCUCGCUUCCUCCGGCUUAUCCAUUGCAGCCGGCGUUGGUAGUUGGACGAAGUCGGGUGCUGGUGGACGAGAAGAAGUGGCGGAGUUGGCUGCUGACGAUCCAAGGAGUGAUCAUGUUUGCCAAUGGCAACCUGGUGGAUGGGCUGUUGGCGUUCCGGAAGAACGUGCAGGGAGCGCUCAAGGGGCAGAGCGAGUGUGCGAUCUGCUACUCGGUGAUUUCGACCGAUAUGCAGACGCCGAACAAGCGGUGCGCGACGUGUAAGAACACGUUCCACUCGGUGUGUCUGUUCCGGUGGUUCAAGAGCAGCAACCAGAGCACAUGCCCGCUGUGCCGGAACAACUUUGUGUAUGUGUGA